ACUAGUGGGAGACAGGAACCUUUUUACUUAUCAUAUCCAUUUCACAUAGGACUGCAAGAGCUCUCUAAUUGGAAAUCGGUCAUCAAUUCUGCACGAGUGUUUUGCCUCAGCGUUCUUCAAUAUCGACCUAGACUGAUUUUCAGGAAUAACAUCGAUGGAUGUGACUACGCACAUAACUGCCCCCUCACAUCAGGUCCGCUUACUCUUGACCUCCCACUGGACUUGUCGCAAUUCUCGGCAAUAAUCAACAUUCUCGCCUCAUACCGACCGUAUGAGUUCGAAAUUCGAAUGUUUAACUACAACAAAGGCAAUACGAAGCAUGAAGAAUUUGCUUGUGUCAUGGCUCAAGUAGAAUUGAUAUAA